AAACAAUAAAAUGACUUCACAAAUCAUGUCUUAAGAAAAAUUAAAACAUUUUUUCAUUUAAAAUGAGUUCACAAUACUUACCAAAAAUAGAAUCUUUUGCUUUUCUCACCUUUUACAUCGUCGUAUUGCUAAAAAGCAUCAAAAAUGUGUCAUUGGUGUGCAAUUCCGAAAUACCGGGCUACACUUAUUUCGACCAAGGAUGGAAUUUUCUCGGCAGAAAACGCGACAACAACGACUACGAAUGGGAAACUUGGAGCUUGUUUGUGCGAGAAACGAUCCAAUGGUACUUUUUCUACGUGAUUUCUUCAGAAAUUCAUCGAAUCUCAAGAAUUAAGCAAUUCAGUUGGUUCUCCUUCCUCUUCGGAUCGGUAUUUUUUUAUUUCCAAAUCGGAUCUGUUGGAACCUGCAUCUUUUUAGUCAAAGCCUUGUUAUUUUUUUGGACGAUCCGGUACAAGAAAAAGUAUUUAAUUUGGAUUUCCGUCGGUUUUUGGAUGCUUUUGAUGAAUAUAAAUGCCGUUGAGGACAUGUUUUACUACACUUUCGAGGUUGACGAGCAAAAAGUCUACAUGCUUUAUGUCGCGCUGGGCUGGCAAACGCUCAAAUGUGUCAGUUUCGCCAUGGACAAGAUCGAGGAUGGCGAAAAAUCUUUAUUUUACGGCUUAAAAGACUAUCUCGGGUACAUUUUUUACCCGCCAACGAUUUUUAUGGGCCCAAUUUGCGUUUUUGGGCGUCAUCGGGAGAUGUUGCUGAAAGAAAGCGCGGGAAAAAUUUCCUCAGGAACAUUUUCUCGCACAAAAUUUUUAAUUUUUAACCUUUUACGAUGUUUAACAGUCUUCCUCAUCACACAAUUUGCCUUACAUUACCUGUACAUCAACAAUUUCCAGUUUUAUCACAAACAAAUCUUCGAAAAAUUAACAACUUUCGGACUUUACGGCUACGGAUAUCUCAUGGGGCAGUUUUUCCAUCACAAAUAUGUCAUUUUUUACGGAUUUGGCAUCGCGUUGGGUGAAUUUGACAACAUUUCGAUGCCAAAUCGGCCCAAAUGCAUCGCCCGGAUCAAUCGUUACACCGAUAUGUGGAAACAUUUCGACCACGGAUUGUACGAAUUCCUCUUCAAAUACAUCUAUGCGCAACUCUGUCCCAAAAAAGCGCCGUUAAUAAGGAAAUUUUUAUCGAGUUUGGUGACUUUUGCGUUUAUUUAUCUCUGGCACGGGCUGUACAAGUCGAUUUUCAUCUGGUCCUUGCUGAAUUAUUGCUGUGUCGUUGUCGAAAAUUUGAUGUACAGUUUUAUGGAGUCGAAAAAGUAUAAAGAAAAAAUGGAAAAAUUCAUGAGCGGGAAUAAUUUGUUGAGAUUUAAUGCGCUGAUUGCGACUAAUGUCAUGAUUCCAGCGAUUUUAUCGAAUUUUAUCUUCUUUGCGGGAACUGAUGUUGGAUACGAGUUCUUUAGAAAAACGUAUUUGAGCGGAGUUUGGUUUUACGUGAAGCUGUUGGCGAUUUGUUAUUCACUUUAUACGACCAAUGAGUGGAUUAGAAGAUCUGAACAGAAGAAAAUUUUAAAGUCUUCCGAAUAAUUAUUCGAAUUUUACUUCGAAACAUUCCUAUUUAAGUCAAUUUUAACGAUUAUAACAAAAUAAAAGCAAUAAUAAACUUUU